GCACCCGCCCGCCUGCUCUUGCCUGCCCACCUUCGCUCAAUCGCUAGCUCACUCACUCGUUUGCCCUCUACCCGCCCUCGCCCUCCUUGCUAUGUCGCCCGCGCUGCAACUCACCCUUGCUUUCUCGUUGGCUUAGCUCGCUCGCCUGCCUGCUCGCUCGCCCAUGCACUCAAUGGCCCAUUGCCGUCGCCUUCUCGCCCGCUCUCCCUCACGCUCUCGUCAUCGCCCUCUUACCCGCCUGCGGCCUGCCCGCUUUUCUGUCUGCCUACCCACCCGUUUGCCUGUCCACAUACCUGCACUCACUCUCACCCACAACCCUUUUAGCAUGCACCGCCUCUCGCCCGCGCUCCCGUGCACCCGUUCGGCCAGCCAGCCGCCCACGCACGCAACUGUCCACGCAAUUGCCCAUGGACCUACCUACUUGCCCGCGGAUCGGCUCUCUGUAUGGUCAUUGGUGCCCAUGCCCAGCUCGUGUACGCCAGUGAAUACAGUAGUAUAUUGUAAUUCCAUACGACAGACCUGUACACUGUAGAAUGAAUUGGCAUAUUUCCGGAAUAUAUUUGUGUCCCAUGGAACGAUUUGAAUGGAUAGAUCGAUGUUCUUGAAGGCCACUUGAUCCACGAUUACAAGUCUUAAUGUCAG